UGUAGUUCGUAUUCCAUGUCAAAAUAGAAAAAAUACAUUCAGUCAUGAGUGACAACGUGGUUAACGAAUUAGAAAAAAUGGAUUUAAACGAUCAAAAGGCAUGAAUUUUCUAAUUUAUAUUUGGAAUAAAGUGUAGAAGUUAAAAUGCGACUGUUAUUGAGAGCAGUUUCUAACAUAAAAAGACUUGAAACCUUUGCAUUUACCUCGCGAACAAACUACUUUACUACACUGGCGGCUAAAAAGAAGAAGGAAAAACAAAAGAAUGCAGGGGGUGACGGUGCCGGUAAAGAGACAAAACCGCUGCCAAGUUACAUAGCCGACCGGCAAGUUCUGUGGGAUAAGCUCAAGAAGCAAUACGACGAUGAAGUCGCUGCCAAAACCAGAGACCCAAUCACAAUAACAUUGCCCGAUGGCAAAACCGUUGACGGUAAGUCAUGGGACACUACACCGUACAGUGUGGCGGCUGGCAUCAGUCAAGGAUUGGCCGAUGCAACAGUUAUUGCAAAAGUGAAUGGUGUUUUGUGGGAUUUGGAUCGACCGUUAGAAGGGAAUUGUAGUCUGCAGCUGAUUAAAUUUGAUGAUCCAGAGGGGAAAGCAGUAUUUUGGCAUAGUUCGGCCCAUGCAUUGGGAGAGGCGAUGGAACGAAUUUAUGGAGGACAUUUGUGCUAUGGUCCACCGAUUGAAAAUGGCUUCUAUUAUGAUAUGUUCGUGGAAGGUGAUGGGAUCACUAGCAACGAAUAUGGAGCGAUGGAAAAUUCAAUCAAGCAAAUAACCAAGGAAAAGCAACCAUUCGAACGUUUGGAAAUGACCAAAGCCGAUUUGCUUGAAAUGUUCGGUUACAAUGAGUUCAAGGUCCGAAUUUUGAAUGAGAAAAUUACCGAAGAGAAGACCACCGUUUACCGUUGCGGAACGUUGAUCGAUUUAUGUCGUGGACCGCAUGUCCGACACACCGGCAAGAUAAAGGCUCUGAAAGUCACCAAGAAUUCGUCGUCCUAUUGGGAAGGUAAAGCUGAUGCCGAAACACUACAGCGUGUGUACGGCAUAUCAUUCCCCGACGCCAAGCAACUGAAAGAAUGGGAAAAGUUCCAGGAAGAAGCGGCCAAGCGAGAUCAUCGUAAAAUCGGUCGCGAACAGGAAUUGUUCUUUUUCCAUGAAUUGUCGCCGGGUUCGUGCUUUUUCCAACCGAGAGGCGCCCACAUCUACAACACAUUGAUGAAUCUGAUGAAAUCCGAGUACCGAAAGCGCGGUUUCCAGGAAGUCAUGACACCGAACAUUUACAAUGCAAAAUUGUGGCAGACAUCCGGUCAUUGGGACUACUAUGCUGAAAACAUGUUUUCGUUUGAAUCGGAGAAGGAAACCUUUGCUUUGAAGCCGAUGAAUUGUCCGGGUCAUUGCUUGAUAUUCGAUAAUCGAAUUCGUUCUUGGCGCGAGCUACCACUCCGUUUGGCUGAUUUCGGUGUCCUUCACCGAAACGAACUCUCGGGUGCUUUGACUGGUCUGACACGAGUUCGUCGUUUCCAGCAAGACGAUGCGCACAUUUUCUGCACUCCCGAGCAAAUCAAGGUCGAAAUCGAUGGAUGCCUUGAUUUCCUGAAUCAAAUUUUCUCCACAUUCGGAUUCACAUUUAACUUGUGCUUGUCCACCCGUCCCGAUAAAUUCAUCGGUGAUGUCGAGCAAUGGGAUGCGGCGGAAAAAUCGCUGGAAGAAUCACUCAACAAGUUCGGUAAACCAUGGACGAUUAAUGCUGGUGAUGGUGCUUUCUACGGUCCAAAAAUCGACAUCACGGUUUCGGAUGCACUGAAGCGUGCCCAUCAAUGCGCCACCGUUCAACUCGAUUUUCAAUUGCCCAUCCGAUUCAAUUUGUCAUAUGUGGCCGAAAGUGGUGAAAAGAAACGUCCCGUCAUGAUUCAUCGGGCCAUCCUCGGCUCCGUCGAACGACAAAUCGCCAUUUUAACUGAGAAUUAUGCUGGCAAAUGGCCAUUCUGGUUGUCACCGCGCCAAGUGAUGGUCGUUCCCGUCGGACCCAUGUUCGACGAUUAUGCUGACGCCGUACGUCAGAAAUUGCACUUAGCUGGUUUCAUGGCCGAGGCCGAUCUGGACGACGGCGACACAAUGAAUAAGAAAAUUCGUAAUGCUCAACUGGCCCAGUUCAAUUUCAUUUUGGUGGUCGGUGAGAAGGAGAAAACCGGAAACACUGUCAACGUUCGCACUAGGGACAAUAAAGUCCAUGGAGAGGUGAGCGUUGACGAUUUGAUUCUCAAGUUUAAUAAAUUCAGAGACGAGCACGUCAUCGGUGAAGAUAAUUUCUAAUCCAUCUCGUCACGUAUUGCCGCUCGGAUGCGUUCCGUCUAUUUAAAUCACCAUUUCUAUUGAUAAAAAUUCUGUGGUCGAAGCUAAGUUUAGUCUAGAUUCAAUAAUUGUUCACUGAAUUAAACAUCGGCUUGCAAAAGUUAAUC